UUCAACAAAAGCGUUUAUUCCAUUUGCUUCAUUUAACUGUAGAAAGAUCAUGCUGACUGUCUGAACUGAUUGUUCAUUUGUAUUUGGGAACAUCCAGAUUAUUGGCAAUUCCUGGCGUUCAUACGGACUUUCUAUUAUCUGUACACAUGAAGUGUAGGUCAUGUUAAGGUUACGAAAGAUCUAUAAGGUUUUUACAGUUGCGUUGGCUGUGACUAUCCUAUUCUAUUAUAUCCAGUCGCUUCACAAUAAUCAAGAUUUGCUGAUUGCUAAUGCAAAUGACUAUCGAAUUAAACAAGACAACUAUCAUUUUGUAACCGCUAUAACCUCCAAUGAAUUCGACUGGCUGUUGAAAUUCAUGGAUACAGCUCUCGCUCAAAAUGAAGACAUGGAUGAAUUGGUGCUCAUUAUAUGGACUUUAAAUCUCCGUAAAUGUGAAUCGGAGUAUUUGACACGUCAAGUUCGACUCAACGUGAAGGUCUAUCCUUUUCCUUACCAUUAUCAUCCCCUUCACAUCAGGUUGUAUCAUAUAGCGGCGAUAAAACCCAUUGUACUAACAAAAAUGGUAAACAUGUACGGCGAAGCUGUUUGGAUUGAACCGCAUACCGAACCGUCAUUUUUGUUGGCCGCCAUCUCAAAAAAAUUGAAUCUUAAAGGGUACAUGUUUGUGAGCACGUCGAGACACUUGUCUGAAGGACAAUGUGUGGUCAAUGUGGUUGGAUUCAGCUUGUUUAGACACUUCUCCUUUUUAACGAAUUGGGCGUCGUGUGCGAAGAACGCGUCUUGUAUUGCUGAAGUAAUGGCCAAAGAGGAGGAUAGUGCUCCUCCUGGCACAGAUCGUUUGUUUGAGUUUCAUAGAAGGAAAGAAAAUGUGUCUUGUGAAAUUCUAGACGUUAUCAAUCAUCGCAAUUUUGCAUAUGACCCGUCCUUCAUUUUUAAAAAUUGGAAUAAUAAAUAUCGCCAUAUUUGUCGGCAACAUGAAGGCUGUAUUUUAACAGGAAGCCAUAAAUUUUAUUUGGAAUGUCUUAAUCCAAACCUUCCUCGACUACGUAAGAACAAGCAAAAGUAUGCAGAGCAGCACGGCUACGCUUAUCUGGAAGAGACGUACGGGUUCCAUCAUGCUGGACCCUGUCACCAAGUUUGGAAUAAGGUACACGCUAUUUUUAAGUAUCUUCCUGACUGCAAACUGUUGCUUUGGAUCGAUACAGAUGCAGUCUUCAUAGACAUGAAAAAAUCUCUUGAGGCCGCUAUGCCUUCUAAAGAGAUAGACCUUCUGAUUUCCUGGCUACCAAAGGACAGAAUGCUGAACGCUGGCGUUCUACUUAUGAGAAAUACAGCCACCGUGCGCGAGUUUUUUAUAAAUGUUACAUCCGGUCGAACUUGGAAGUAUAACUGGUGUAGAAAAUCAUCAUUUGAACAAGCUGGCAUUAUCGAUCAGAUAAAUAGUGGAAGCAUGAAAGGAAAAUCACUCGUCGAGAGAAAGGAGCACGCGCUGCAGACCUUUUGCGGUUUUCGUGAUAGGGAUAGCGAUGAUUGUUCAUUUCCAUCUGACGAAGAUUUCAUUUUACACCCUGCACCUUCAAAAUGUCCCGAACUGCUAGACCUUUUUAAUAAUUUUUUUGACAAAAACCCUCACUUGUGGUGAUAUACACGUGGUCAAAAACGUUCAGUGCAUGAUUUUUUCGAUUUGUUAUUCCACUAACCGCAGUAUAUUAUGACUGGAGACACACAUUCAUGCUAUCACAUAACUCAAACCGCAAACGUAUUUUUAGAAUGAAUGUUGUUUUAACCUUCUGUGGUCAUACCGUUUGGGGCAUCAGACUAAACUCCCUCACUUUUCUUCAUAAAGGAAAAGUGUCCACUUACUUUUUAGGAGGAAACUCAAAACAUACUGACAUAAUGAAAAAGGACAUAAAAUGAUGGUAUCGUUGUUAUGGAAAAUAAAAAUUGACUGUUUUAUAGUCGUUUUUUGUCACAGCUCAUAAUGUAUAUACAAAAAUAAAACUAACUUUGAAAAGCUGCA